CGAACUGUUUUCGAAGAAGUUAGUUGAGCGCGAACACAUUGCUACUUUGCAUGGGGGAACAUCCCUUACGAUGACCAAAGUACGACAGCGUUACUGAAUCCCUGGAUUGCGUAGCCUGGUGAAACGGGUCCGAAGGGACUGUUGGGGGAUGUAGGCGAACCCUUUCCAAACCGUAUGCAGAACCAUCACCUUGUGCGCUUCCAACGACCAGAACAAAAGGGGACAACCCUUACUCCGUAGUAGGGAUUGAUUUCGCGGGUUCUAUUCGCUAUCGGUCCAGCAAGAAGCAAGGAAAAGCGUACUUAGCUCUUUUCGCAUGCGGUCUGACGAGAGGAGUGCACUUGGAGCUUGUCAAAUGUCUUAAAACAGAAGAAUUUCUGAAGAGCUUCAAAUUAUUUGUAGCUCAUCGAGGGAGACCAACGCCAGUGUACUCCAACAAUGGUACAACAUUCAAAGCCGCAGCAACAUGGCUUAAAAAGGUCCGCGAAUACGAGAAAUUCCACACCACCCUUUGCAAGCAAGAGAUAUAGUGGCGCCUCAACCUUGCAAAAGCACCUUGGUGGGGUGGUCAGUUUGAGCAGCUCAUUGGCAUCUUCAAGGCCACUUUUCGCAAAACUGUGGGAGGUGGAAUGCUGACCUUCUCAGAAUUGGAAAAAGUCGUGCUAGAUGUGCAUGAAGGACCGACCCUUGUCAUAUUUGGAAGAUGACCCUCAAUUGCCUGUGUUGACGCCAAACACGUUCCUGUUUCGAAGACCCCAAGUACUGCCGGAGCUCCAACCCCAUCAAGCAGAAGAGCGCGACUUGAAGAAACAACUCAAGUUCCUACGAGCAACGAAAGAAAGUCUCUGGAAUCGUUGGACUCGAAAGUACCCGAUUGGUCUACGAGAGAGACACAAAGCCCGCCGAAAGACGAAUGCCGGCCAUCGAUCCCGCAGAGAAAUAGUAAUCGUAAAAGGAAACUCGGGAAGGUUGUGAGUGAAUGAAUGAAUGAAUGAAAAACUUUAUUUCAAGAGGGUAGCACAUAAUAGUGAAUUCACACCAACAAACCUGUGGCCCUCAGGUACAAUAUAAAAAUAUUACAAUAAUAUAUGCUAUACUAUCUAAACAAUACAUGAAAGAUUUGAUGAUGUACAUGCAUGAAAGACUUAAAUACUAAGUUAACUAAUAAUUUGAAAACAUGGUAGUAAAAGUAGUAAAAUAUUUGUGUUCUUUCUGAUGUUCUAAAAAUAUAUUAGUAAUAGAACGUUUAAAUGUUUUAGCUGAUGAAAUAGAUCUAAUGUUCAGAGGUAAACUGCUCCAAAGUUUACUUGCGCAUGUUGAAAACCUUUUACCACCUUCAGUUUGGCGAUAAUAUUUCUCUGGUCCUUCACCAUUGAUACGUUUAUGCGCCAACAUGCAUCUCCUAAGAUCUGAUUUAACAUAGAAAGGAAUCCAGUUAAGUUGGUUGAAUCCAUCAAUAGACGGAUGCCGUGGUUUCAAGUUUAAAAUUACUAGUACUCUGGCAGCUCGCUUCUGAAGUUUAAAAAGUUUCAAAAUGUUGUCAUGUCUACAAUUAGACCAAACAACACUACAAUGCAUGAACAACGGCUUAAUCAUUCCAUUAUACAACAAGACUCUUUCUCGGGAAUUGGAAGAUUUGAGCUAACUCCCUUCAAAGUCGGUUUGUGAUAUAUUCGGUAAUAAAGAUCAGGAACAAGAGAGGGCCAAGAAUUGACCCCUGGGGAACUCCGUCAGUAAUCUCCCGAGUUGUUGAUAAUGUGCCCUAAAAUAUACAUACUGCUUCCUCCCCGAAUUGAACCAAGAUACAGCAGCACUAUCAAGUCCAUAACAUUCCAGUUUCUUUAUCAAGAUUAAAUGGUCCACCAAAUCAAAUAUAUGCCUUUCGAUAAUCGACAAGUAGCAUCCAUUAACUUGAUAUAUAUCUAUAUAUCUUUAAAUAGAAUGUCGGUAAUCUUUAUGAGCGCAGUUGCAGUGCUGUAAUUAGCCCUAAAUGCAGACAGACAUAUAAUCGGCAAAGAUGGAAUCGUACGAGGAGUCAAGCUUCAAACAGCAAAAGGAGAUUUGGAGCGACCUAUUCAGCUCAUCUAUAGCCUGGUUCUCAUUAAUCGGCGAUGUUCUACCAUCUAUUGUCUGUGAGCAACGAAGAAGAAAAUGCACAAAAGAUUGUAUGCGUCAAUGACCACGGACAAUGGGCAUCGCCGAUGUUUACGAUAAAUGAGAAUCAGGCUUAUCCUCUCGAACUCCAGUGUGACAACAGUGACGAACAGCAACCAACUGAACCGCUGAACCCACAAGCAGCAGAGUUUAGGCCGAAGAGAAGAGCAAUUCAGGAUGCGCAAGCCAAGAUUCAAGCGAUGCUGAAUACGAGGAAGAACAGUAAAGACAUUACAGAGAAAAAAACAUUGAUAAACUUCAUUUUCGUUAUUAAUUAGUUUUGUUCGAACAGUGAAACAAUCGGUUCCCUUAUGUAACAUGCAACACCUGGCGGGGGGGGGGGAGGGGUGUCGCAUAGGGUGAGUGUGUUGGGAACUGGGACACGUUAACAUUAAAAUUAUAUAGAUAUUUAGCCAGAACUUGAGUUCGGUCAAAACAACGACCAUAUAGGGAAGUUAUGCCCAUAUAUGAGAUAGGAUAUAGAUUAGUGAAGUGUGUGUAAACAAAGAGAGAGCGACCCGUGCGAAUUAAUACGAACAUUCAAGUGAGAUUUACAGUGAUUUGUGAUAGUAAUAAAGUGUGGAAAACCAAUAUUUGUGCGUGGUUCAUUCCUGGAAGGCGGGAUAUUCACGUUAGUUCUAAUGUAAAUAAAUAUGGCGGUUCUAAAUAAAUUUAAAUAAAUAUGUAUUUAGAAGGUCUGUCAAGCAAGAUAUUGAAUAACUCAGGUGCCGUACACUCUAUUUUAACUGCUAUUUAGAUAGAGUACUACUGUUGUCAAAUUGAAUUGGUCAUAAAGCCCGUGUUCAGACCGAUACCACUCAACCCAAAUUUUAUUAGUGAUCUGACCAUCGCCAUGUUGACGUUACAUAACUUCCUGCAGUAUGGAUGUUCUAGAAACUACAAUCCUAGACAAAUAACAUGCGGACGCUGAUUAAAAGUGGCUGAAAUUUAAAGCAAUCCAAUAAUUAUACGCAUAUUCAGCCGUUAUUCCCCGCUCCCCCGUUACAAUGUUGUUGCUACAGAUACCGCAAUAGUUGCCAUAAUGACUGAAGUGUUCAUCAACAUUGUUUCAAGGGAGGGGGGACCGACUUUACGAAGUAUAUAUGAAAAUGUUUCGAAAAAUAAUUUAUUUGCCAUGUUUGUCCGAGUAAAUUUGUCUAUGAUUGUCUGAAAAUGUAUAUUACAAUAAAUCUUCAUUAAUUAUCUUUUCUCUGCAUUAGAAAACAGUCGGAAAUUCUGCAAAUGCUAUAUUAUGACUGUAUUAGAGUGAUAAAGCAAAAUGAGCGAUAGAGUCGAGAUUAAAGGAGCAUUCGCUUCCGGUUUGUCAUAUGCUCACUAAAUAGCGAUGCGUUUACCGUCGCGUUUGUCUAUCUCUUUACGUGUUAACGCAUGAUAGAAAGAAGCGUAUGACAAUUAUUUUAUAUCUAGUUGUGUAAAAACUCUAUGCCAUUAUAGUAUCAUGAAAUAUAUUAAUUCUAAACGCUUGUAUUUAAAAUGCCCACAGUAAACAUUGAAAAGUGAUAGUUGCUGAAUAAUUAAGAAUCAUUGAGUAAUUAUAUUUAUAAUGGGAGUCCUCGGAUGUUUACCGUGAUAUUUUCCUGGUUUUUUUCAAAGAUUUACUGUGUAUCAUCAUAAAUGCAAUGUAGAUAAUUUGGCUAUAAGAAAGCAUGUGAAAUGGAAAUUUAUAGUGGGAAAUCUGGCAGUGACAGGUUAAAUUUUGUUCUGUGUGUUUACCGUUCGGCCGCCGAGAAGUCCAAGAAGAAAAAUAUUUCGUUUACCGUAAGUUAGCGCGUGACUGCAUUAACCAAUACGGCCACAGAUAUAACAAAGCAGGUUAUAAUAAAGAUUUAAUUCUUCAAUUUUGUGCUAAGAAUUUACACAUUUAGAGUAUUAUCAGAACAAGCUCACUAUUCAAAUUGGCCAAACACGCCGCGGAAGCUGAUUAACUAAUGGAAUUUGAGUAAUUAACGUUGUUUUAUGAAUAAAUAAUGAUGUACAAUGCAUAAAACCCUAGUUUACAGGUUGUAACUGCUCUUUCUGUGCUGAUCGCCAAGACAGAGAAGUGCAAGAUAAAGAAAUUUACGGACUUUACAGUAUGGCUCCACGCCUGUUCGCCCUCCUUGCACGUUACAAGUAGCGGUACUUUUAAUGCUGUUGCCCAACCGAUUGAUCUUGAUUCCGCUCCGCCUCAGAAUGAACCAGUUUCGUCGGUGAAUGAUCCCAAUUGAAAAUGAACAGCUUCAGGCAUCAAACUUGGACUUGGACGUGAUUCUUUUAUUCCUAUUGGUAUUUGUUUGAAUUGUAGCGUGUUUUUUUUGCGGGUCUAGUUAAGAUUUUUGCCCUUUGGGUAGUUAUAUCGCUGUGUUAGCAGUAUAUGAUCGGUGUGGCGAAGUUAUUUUCGUUGUAUAACGCAUGCAUGCAUGGUUCACUCGUGGGCGGUUGAUCGGAAAAUACGGCCGCCUCUCUUUUGUGUGUGUUUAAAGAUCGCUUACACUUGUGGUUUUAGUUACAGUUCUGUUGUAUGUUAUACAUUAUAUCUUCAUUUGAUGUGUAUUUCCGUCCUUGUGCGGGGUUGUUUACCCUCAAGUUCGCUUUCGGUUAUUUUAGUUCAGUUGAGAUUGCGACGCAUGAAUGAUUCCCGUCUGGUAUUAUUAGCAUUGUUAAUUUUGUUAAUGUUCUACGCGAGCGAGUCGUGUAUUUCGCAAGAUUAAAUUGUUGAAAAGCAAAAUAGCUAGGCUAUAGUGAUUACUUUCGCCUUUAAUAAAAUGGUAAUUGGGUAUUGUGCUUUCGUAUGGUAUGGGACGGGAGCGAAUUGCACUGCAUGAUUGCUUCAUUCCGAGCUUCCGUAGUUUAUUGCAUUUGCUUGGGCGACAGAGGCCCACUGUGUUUGCCGUAUGACCGAAGGGCAUCUCGUAAUACAUAAUUGCUUGCUUGCGACCGAGCACAAAUCCUCCUAUGGAUUUAGCAGUUGCCAAUGGGUUUGGCGUAUGAGAGACGUGCAUCUCGCAAUGCUAGUUUGCUUGAGACCGAGCACGAGUAGCUACUGAAUUUGGAUUUCAAUUCCCAAUGUGUUUGGCGUAUAUGAGACGUGCAUCUCGCAAUGCUAGAUUGCUUGAGACCGAGCACGAGUAGCUACUGCAUUUGGAUUUAAAUUGCCAAUGUGUUUGGCGUAUAUGAGACGUGCAUCUCGCAAUGCUAGAUUGCUUGAGACCGAGCACGAGUAGCUACUGAAUUUGGUUUUUUAAACAAAGUUACCAAUGUGUUUGGCGUAUGAGAAAAGUGCAUCUCGCAAUGCCAGAUUGCUUGAGACCGAGCACGAGUAGCUACUGAAUUUGGCUUUUUAAACAAAGUUACCAAUGUGUUUGGCGUAUGAGAGAAGUGCAUCUCGCAAUGCCAGAUUGCUUGAGACCGAGCACGAGUAGCUACUGAAUUUGCAUUUUAAACAAAGUUGCCAAGGUGUUUGGCGUAUGACAGAGGUGCAUCUCGCAAUGCUAGAUUGCUUGCGACCGAGCACGAGUAGCUACUGAAUUUGGCUCUUAAAACAAAGUUACCAAUGUGUUUGGCGUAUGAGAGAAGUGCAUCUCGCAAUGCCAGAUUGCUUGAGACCGAGCACGAGUAGCUACUGAAUUUGGCUUUUUCAACAAAGUUACCAAUGUGUUUGGCGUAUGAGAGAGGUGCAUUUCGCCAUGCCAGAUUGCUUGAGACCGAGCACGAGUAGCUACUGAAUUUGGUUUUUUAAACAAAGUUACCAAUGUGUUUGGCGUAUGAGAGAAGUGCAUCUCGCAAUGCCAGACUGCUUGAGACUGAGCACGAGUAGCUACUGAAUUUGGAUUUUAAACAAAGUUGCCAAUGGGUUUGGCGUAUGAGCGACGUGCAUCUCGCAAUGCUAGAUUGCUUGAGACCGUGCACGAGUAGAUCAUGAAUUUGGAUGUUAAAUAAAGUUGCCAAUGGGUUUGGCGUAUAAGAGAAGUGCAUCUCGCAAUGCCAGAUUGCUUGAGACCGAGCACGCGUAGCUACUGAAUUUGGAUGUUAAAUACAGUUGCCAAUGUGUUUGGCGUAUGAGAGAAGUGCCUUUCGCCAUGCUAGCUUGCUUGAGACCGAGCACCGGGGUAGCUACUGAAUUUGGAUGUUAACUAAAGUUGCCAAUGGGUUUGGUGUUUGAGAGAAGUGCAUCUCGCAAUGCGUGAUUGCUUGAGACCGAGCACGGGUAGCUACUGAAUUUGGAUUUUGUACAAAGUUGCCAAUGUGUUUGGCGGUAUGAAAGAAGUGCAUCUCGCAAUGCUAGAUUGCUUGAGACCGAGCACGGGUAGCUACUGAAUUUGGCUUUUACACAAAGUUGCCAAUGUGUUUGGUGUAUGAGAACAGUGCAUUUCGCCGUGCCAGAUGGCUUGAGACCGAGCACGAGUAGCUACUGAAUUUGGAUUUUAUACAAAGUUGCUCAUGUGUUUGGUGUAUGAGAAAAGUGCAUCUCGUAAUGCCAGAUGGCCUGAGACCGAGUACGAGUAGUUAUUGACAAAGUUGCCACUGUGUUUGGCGUAUGAGAAAAGUGCAUCUCGCAAUUACAUCAUUGCUGGUGACCGAGCACGAUUAGCUACUGAAUUUGAAUUUUAGGACAACUUUGCCAAUGUGUUUGACGUAUGAGAGAGGUGCAUUUCGCAAUGCAUGAUUGCUUGCGACCGAACAAGAUUAGUUACUGCAUUUGGAUUUAAGGCACAGUGGCCAAUGUGUUUGGCGCAUGAGCAAUGUGCAUCUUCCAAAGCAUGUUUACUUGAAACCCAGCACGAUUAGCUCAGUGAAUUUGGAUUUACGGCAAAGUGGGUGAUGUGUUUGGCGUAUCAGAGCAGUGCAUCCCGCAAUUGUAUGACUGUUUGUGACCGAGCACGAGUAGCUAUUGCAUUUCGAUUUAAGGCACAGUGGCCAAUAAGUUUGGCGUCUGAGAGACGUGCAUCUCGCAAUGCUAGAUUGCUUGAGACCGAGCACGAAAAGCUACUGACUUUGGAUUUUAAACAACGUUGCCAAUCUGUUUGGCGUAUACGAGAAGUUCAUCUCACAAUUGCACGCUUGCUGGAGACAGAAAACGAGUAGCUACUAAAUUUGGAUUUUAAAACAAAGUUGCUAAUAUGUUUUGGUGUUUGAGCGAGGUGCAUGUUUGGAAAUCAUUUGUCAAUGAGUUUAGUGCAUGCGCGGGAGCGGCGUCUUGCAGUUACGGAAUUUGUUUAGUGGUCCGUUGCUCAUAUGUUUGGGCAAGCAGAGCAAUGCAUCUCCCAAUAGACCCAAUCCAUGAUUGCUUGGGAUUGAGCACGAACAUUGCAAAUGCAAGAGAUGCAUCUCGCAAUACAUGAUUGCUUGAGACCGAGCGCACGCGUUUACUGCAUUUGGAUUAGACAGACAAGGGCCAAUGUUUUGGCGAUUCAGAACGGUAUACCUUCCUUGCCAUACGCGAAUCACCCAAUUCUUGGGCAAUAUAGGUUUUCGAGUGUGUAUGAAAUUACUGAUCUUGUGUUUGCGCUCGUUCGCUGGUUUUCGUUUGCAUUUCUUGGGUUCUUUUUUCUUUUCUUGGCUGGUGGGGUCAACUUUCCCAGGGCUAUCUCAAGCUCUUUGUGUUCGACUCUAGCAGUUGUGCCGGGACUGUUGCCCUUUUCUGGUCCUUCCGGGGGGUGCUUUGGGGAUUUACUUCUUUGUUCAUCUUUUCUCUCGCCACUCGCUAAACUUUGUUCCGUUGGCAGCUUCUGCGCGUCUUAAGAAGCGAGUCAUUGGGUGGAAGUUUCUCCCGGGGACCAGACCUGUGGCAUCAGUUCCGGGUUACUCUCUGCGUUCAUUGUCGCUUGACCAUGCUAGUCCACCUAUCGCUUUUCACUUUCAUUUUUUUUCAUACUGUCCAUUGCCGGUUUGUUUGCUUAAUAGAUUAUAGUUUGGUUUGUGUGUGUGGCACAUGCGAAUCGGCGGGGUUCGGUAGGGUAUUUUGAGCAGGGGGGUUUGGUAUAUGAGAAUGGCGGCUUGGGUAUAUGAGAAUGGGAGUUUGGGUAUAUGAGAAUGGGGGUUUGGUAUACUGAUGAGAAUGGGGGUUUGGGUAUAUGAGAAUGGGGGUUUGGGUAUAUGGGGGGAGAUGCAGUGUUGGGAGCGAGUAGUAACUGAACUGCGGAGGAAUUCAUUUCCGUGCUUCAUUUGGAAACAAUGGACCUUCCUUUUCCCCAAUGCUUAAUCAGUGAUCCGUGGCGGAAUGGCCAUUUGGAUAUUUUACUAUUCAAAUUGGCCAAACACGCCGCGGAAGCUGAUUAACUAAUGAAUUUGAGUAAUUAACGUUGUUUUAUGAAUAAAUAAUGAUGUACAAUGCAUAAAACCCUAGUUUACAGGUUGUAACUGCUCUUUCUGUGCUGAUCGCCAAGACAGAGAAAGUGCAAGAUAAAGAAAUUAGGACCGGAGAAGGGGGCGAGAAGGAGGGGGCUGCGUCAGGGUGUUGUUUACUCUUGUGUGUUGUAAAAACGCCCACCCUCCCACCCUUCUGUUUCCCAUCCUUGUGGCUUUCUGCUGCGGAUCCAUUUCCAUGUUUCAUUUGGAAACAAUGGACCUUCCUUUUCCCCAAUGCUUAAUCAGUGAUCCGUGGCGGAAUGGCCAUUUGGAUAUUUUACUAUUGUAAAUUAAAAUCAUAAUUACUACGACGUAAUGCAUUCUCGUAGGUUGGCGCUGAUGAUUUGAAGGUUUGCUGAUCAGAGGAUAAAUUUGAUAUACGGUGAUUUAUUGAUUUAGGUAGUUGUCUAAUUAUGGCUGGUGGGUGGUUCGAGCGACUGUCAAUGUAAAUGGGUUCAUUAUUGGGUUUUCUAUAUAGUUGGUAGCGUUCCUCUGUAAGGUUGAAUGUGACGUCUACAAAGUUGACAGAUUGGUGGUUUACUUGGGCCGUGGUCUUCAAGUUGAACUGUUCGAAUAAUGUAUGCAACUUUUUCCGUACCUUAUCUGCAAUCCGUCCGCUCUUUCCUUUGAUUAAAACAAGUCCGUCAUCCCGAUACAAACCAACACGUUCUUUCCAAAACUCAUUGGUAAGGACAUUUAGCAUAUACAAACCGACAAGAUCGCAUAUUUCAGCGCCGUCAUAACUGCCCAUGCAUCGUUACAUCAAAAAGAGAUUUAGAGUUUUGUUUAAUCCAUGUAUCGUUGUUGCUGAACAGAAAUGAGGUACGUGCGUGUUUGAUAAUCUUUUCUUGUUGGUCAGUGAUUGGUGUAAUAGUGCGCGACCAGCAGAUAGCUUUAUCCAGCAAUUCUUCCGUGACAGAUGGAUAGAAUUCCGCGAUGUCAAAAGAAAUAAAGAUGUGGUUAGGUUUAUCGUUAAUAGUUUUAAACCAGUCGAUCACUGAUUGGGAAUUUCUCCAUUGGUUGACGCCUGUCCGUUCCCUAAUAUUGUUAUUGAUUUCAUCAAGGAUAAUUUUGCCAAGUUCACUUUUGGCGGGGUUUAUUAAUCGAAACUUUGGGUUGUCCUCGAAAUUCUCCUUGUGGUCCUUUGCUGUCACGAACGCUUCUCGGUUUGCCAUUGAUUCAAUACGGUUAUCGAUUGAAAGAUCUAUAGCAAUGCAUGUCUCUAAGAUCUUCGUUCACGUUAUUUAACAUGUUUUUUUCAGAGAUUUUGUAAGAUUUGGCAAUGUUAUCUUUCAAUAUCAUAUCGUAUUGAUCUGGCGUAGUUUCGUAAAGGUUUCUUGUUUUAUCAGCGAAUAUAUACAUUUAGAAUUUAUUACAAGAAUUUACCUUUUUUAGAUCGUUAUUAAUUUUUGUAAGGAAUGGGUCGUUCACUUCUCGAAACCCUUUCAUUUCCUUGACAAAAGGUGGCGACUUUUUCGAUGUUAAGCCAAAGUUGUUUCGUUCAUACUUGCUUUGUCCGUUUAGAAAGAAGUCGGCUUUCCAUCUCAUUCUGGUUACAACACUUUCCACUUUCUCGAUAAUUGGCCAAGUUGGACUCGCCCCGGCGGCUCGCCCAAUUUUGGCAAAAUUUCCAAACAUCACUCGUACUAUUAAUCCCUAAUUGUACUCGCCAUCGCAUGAUUACCUAUACUAAACUGAAUACAAGGAUUUAUAGAAUUUAAAUGAUCAUGAAAAGCUGUUAUAUCAUUUUGUUUUAAACACGCGUUUGAGACAUCAACAUAUCUUUUCCAUCAUCGUAUCGGCACUGGGGAUGUUCUCACAGCAUUUUUUUUCCACCCUUUGCAUAACUAGGUUUAAGAUCUUUAAUAUAUAACAUUUCAUAGAGUAAACACUCGAACUUUCCCCGACAUUUUCUCAAUACCUUAAAGUUUUCCCGAUGUUCUAAUUGCGUCCUCGCCAUGCUGUUGAACCAUAUGUUCUCCGACAACCGAUGACUUGUGUUCAUCAAUGCGUUGAUGUAAGUGUCGGCAAGUGUAACCGACAUAAUCUGCGUCGCACAGAUCACAUUUGAAUAAAUAAACAACGCAUUGCUGAUUCACAAGGGGUGGUUUCGUUUCUGCUGCUGGGAAGUCUGCGGCAAUCUUUCUGCUUGUGUAGACCGGUUGUAUUUGUCUACCGAUAGUCUUGCUGAGGUUACGCAGCUGUCGCCUCACCGAGUCUGCUGAUUUCUGGUCUUUAAAUGGUAGCAUUACACGUACCACGUUUUCUUUGGUGUUCCUUUCCUCGGCUGGAUGAUCGUCGCUUUCGCGUUUCUGUUCAGUGUACUUCGUUAUGAUGUUGUCAAGCAGGGAUAUAGGAUAUCUGAGACGAACGAAGGUUUUCUUCAGGCGUUCACAUUCCUCGGUGAAGAGCUUCCACGAUGAUGAUUGGCGGAAUGCACGAUUGAGCAUGGUCAGGACGAGCGAUUUCUUAUACUUCGCGUCUACAUGACUAUCAUAAUGUAACAUAAGGCCAGUGUUUGUUGGCUUGAUGUAGACUUUCGUUUCUACUCGACCGUUCUUAUUAAUUAGGGUUGUGCCCAAGAAAGGUAAUACACCAUCGGUCUCUAAUUCCGUAGUGAACUGAAGGGAUGGAUGCAGACUGUUGAGGGUAGAAAGGAAUGCUUCUGCGGAAGCAAUGUUGCUUUUCGAUGUGAUGGAAUCAUCAACAAACCGGUGGUAUAAGGAAGGCAUCAGGUUGCGUUCCACCAGCUUUUCCUCAAUUGAACACAUGAACGCGUUCGCCAUGUGUGGACCAAGUGGGGAGCCCAUUGCAACUCCGUCGACUUGCUCGUAUAACUUAUCAUCGAUUUGGAAUAGCUGAUGUUUAGGUGGCAGUCCCGCUAAGAGCGGUCCGAUGACUUUGACUUCGGAAAAUAGAUUUCCUUUAUUUUUUGUGUGUUGAAAAGCAUUGGUAUACAAGUGUCCAAAAUAAAUUUAUUUUUUGAAAAUUCUUUUUUAUGGCUUCGCUAGACGCCGAAACUCAUUUUACCCGUGCAGAGCCAAUUUCAAGCAAAAUCGAAGGUUGAAUUUCGGUAAAUUGUAGAGCCGCGCUGUGUCAAAACGCCUGACUAUUUCCAAAUUUCAACUAGAUCAACAAGUUAAUAUACAAUUCAGGUUCCCUGUUCCAAAAAAUAAGAGCAUUUGAAUAAAUUGUGAAUAAACGACAGCGACUUGACGGCACACCGGUUUUUCCUUCUUGUUCGGUCUACAAAAUUACACUAAAAUCGAAGCCUGAGAUCUCCAAAUGGGGACCUAAAAUUACGCUGAAAUGUGCUUGGCUGUAAUGAUUUAUACUUAUUUUCAGAAGAUCUGAAGAAAAACCUGCGGGUAUCAAUCUGUAUUUGGCGCGAGUUUAGAUUUUCUGGAGCCCAUAAUCAAUGAUUUUUGCAAAUUUAUAGCUAAUUAACAUAUUUCUUGAGAGGCGCUAAAAGUAAACAAUUUCUUUCUGACUAACAUAUCUCAGAUGAAAGAAACUACCACAGCUAGUAAUACCCUUUUUGUAAAUAUAGUCGUAAUGUUCUUUUGCUGACACGCUGUGACAGCUUUGUUUUUGAAUGUUAUACCACAUUUAUUCAGUCUGACCAGAUUCAUAUAAAUGUCACGAACUUGUAUAUUUCAAAAAUAUACCAGAAAUCAGAAUUCAGAAAGACCGAUUAUUCUUUCAAUGAUUCAGUCGAUUGAUUUAGUUGAUUGAUUUAAAAAACUAUAAGUAUAAUAGAACAUUCCACGUGUUUCCAUUGCCCCUAUAUAGGAGGGCUAGAAUUUUUAUCAAUAUGUUCUAUUUUUCUGUGGCGAAGGCAUAUUAACAAAAUACGACACAAAAAUGUACAUUCGAAUUUAUGACCGACAUAUCAGAAUGUUAUUUAUGAAGUUUGAAUUGAUUGAAUUUACUUAACGCGAAAUAAAUACUAAAAUAGGAAUUUUCUAUGCCGGGUUAGUAAAAGAAAAAGCAUAAUUUUAAUUGUAUGUAAUUUCGAUGAAUACUAUAAAAAAAAUUAUACGCAUUGUUUAUAUAAAUUAGCUAACAUUUUUAACAAAAAUAUCAAUUUUAUAAAUAAUCGAAUUUCAAUAUUUUUCUUUGAAAAAAAAAUAUUCGUGAGCUCCAUAGCUGAGAAUAAAUUUCAAAAGUUUGUGAAGACACAAGUUUGAUAUAUUUGUUAAAUAACUGAUCAGAAUGCUUAUAGUUUAUUUUGUUACAUGGCUAAAACAAACGUCGCUACUAUCGUAAUAAAUGUGUAAAUGUUAGCUAAUUUAUAUAAACAAUGCGUAUAAUUUUUUUUUAUAGUAUUCAUCGAAAUUACAUACAAUUAAAAUUAUGCUUUUUCUUUUACUAACCCAGCAUAGAAAAUUCCUAUUUUAGUAUUUAUUUCGCGUUAAGUAAAUUCAAUUCAAACUUCAUAAAUAACAUUCUGAUAUGUCGGUCAUAAAUUCGAAUGUACAUUUUUGUGUCGUAUUUUGUUAAUAUGCCGUCGCCACAGAAAAAUAGAACAUAUUGAUAAAAAUUCUAGCCCUAUAUAGGGGCAAUGGAAACACAUGGAAUGUUCUAUUAUACUUAUAGUUUUUUAAAUCAAUCAACUAAAUCCAUCAACUGAAUCAAGGAAAGAAUAAUCGGUCUUUCUGAAUUCUGAUUUGUGGUACUGAUAUUUUUUAAAUAUACAAGUUCGUGACAUUUAUGAAUCUGGUCAGACUGAAUAAAUGUGGCAUAACAUUAAAAAACAAAGCUCUCUCAGCGUGUCAGGAAACGACUAUAUUUACAAAAAGGGUAUUACUAGCUGUGGUAGUUUCUUUCAUCUGAGAUAUGUUAGUCAGAAAGAAAUUGUUUACUUUUAGCGCCUCUCAAGAAAUAUGUUAAUUAGCUAUAAAUUAUGCAAAAAUCAUUGAUUAUGGGCUCCAGAAAAUCUUAACUCGCGCCAAAUACAGAUUGAUACCCGCAGGUUUUUCUUCAGAUCUUCUGAAAAUAAGUAUAAAUCAUUACAGCCAAGCACAUUUCAGCGUAAUUUUAGGUCCCCAUUUGGAGAUCUCAGGCUUCGAUUUUAGUGUAAUUUUGUAGACCGAACAAGAAGGAAAAACCGGUGUGCCGUCAAGUCGCUGUCGUUUAUUCACAAUUUAUUCAAAUGCUCUUAUUUUUUGGAACAGGGAACCUGAAUUGUGUCUUAACUUGUCGAUCUAGUUGAAAUUUGGAAAUAGUCAGGCGUUUUGACACAGCGCGGCUCUACAAUUUACCGAAAUUCAACCUUCGAUUUUGCUUGAAAUUAGCUCUGCACGGGUAAAAUGAGUUUCGGCGUCUAGCGAAGCCAUAAAAAAGAAUUUUCAAAAAAUUAAUUUAUUUUGGACACUUGUAUACCAAUGCCUUUCAACACACAAAAAAUAAAGGAAAUCUAUUUUCCGAAGUCAAAGUCAUCGGACCGCUCUUAGCGGGACUGCCACUUAACUGCUAACUUCAAGAGUUCGACAAGUGGGUCGGAAACGGUGUACUUGUUAAUCGAAAGGAAUUUCAAUUUCUCAUCCAACCACUUGGCUAGCUUGAAGUUGUAAGUUCCCGUUGCUGAUAGUAUUGGUCGCAUUGCUAGCUGAGGUUUAUGGGUCUUAGGUAAACCGUAAAGGUGUGCGAGGUGGGAACCUUUUGGGCAAAUUGAGUCAGCUAUUUCUUUGGGUAGGAUCUUUCUAACGGCGGUCUCGAGCUCUUUUUCUUUUCUAAGUAGGGGGUGGUAAUGUUUUUGGCGGUGAUGUAUUUCUCCGUUCAAUAUAGUUCAGAGCAAUUGAGCAAUUGAACGGAGAAAUACAUCACCGCCAAAGACGUUGCUUCAAUCGAUAAACCAACUUAAGAAACGAGACGAUAUCGUUAUCACUAAACCAGAUAAAGGAACAGGGGUUGUCGUAAUGGAUAAGUCCGAAUACACCAAGUUGCUAAACGAAGCAUCGAUCAACAACACGGAGAAGUUCAAGAGCGUGAGUUUGGAAAGACCAAAGUCGAGAGGAAGACCUGUCAAACAUUACCACCCCCUACUUAGAAAAGAAAAAGAGCUCGAGACCGCCGUUAGAAAGAUCCUACCCAAAGAAAUAGCUGACUCAAUUUGCCCAAAAGGUUCCCGCCUCGCACACCUUUACGGUUUACCUAAGACCCAUAAACCUCAGCUAGCAAUGCGACCAAUACUAUCAGCAACGGGAACUUACAACUUCAAGCUAGCCAAGUGGUUGGAUGAGAAAUUGAAAUUCCUUUCGAUUAACAAGUACACCGUUUCCGACCCACUAAAGUUUGCCGAGGAGAUACGCGAGAAACAAAUGGCUGAGAGCGACAUUCUAGUAUCGUAUGACGUUGCAUCGCUUUUCACCAAUGUACCAGUUGAUGAAACGAUCCAAAUUCUUGCCGACAAAGCGUUUGAGAAAGAAUGGUUCAACUGGAAAUACAACCUAAAGCUUGAGAAAUUCGAACUUGUCGAACUCUUGAAGUUAGCAGUUAAACAUCAGCUAUUCCAAAUCGAUGAUAAGUUAUACGAGCGAGUCGACGGAGUUGCAAUGGGCUCCCCACUUGGUCCACUCAUGGCGAACGCGUUCAUGUGUUCAAUUGAGGAAAAGCUGGUGGAACGCAACCUGAUGCCUUCCUUAUACCACCGGUUUGUUGAUGAUACCAUCACAUCGCAAAGCAACAUUGCUUCCGCAGAAGCAUUCCUUUCUACCCUCAACAGUCUGCAUCCAUCCCUUCACUUCACUAUGGAAUUAGAGACCGAUGGUGUAUUACCUUUCUUGGGCACAACCCUAAUUAAUAAGAACGGUCGAGUAGAAACGAAAGUCUACAUCAAGCCAACAAACACUGGCCUUAUGUUACAUUAUGAUAGUCAUGUAGACGUGAAGUAUAAGAAAUCGCUUGUCCUGACCAUGCUCAAUCGUGCAUUCCGCCAAUCAUCAUCGUGGAAGCUCUUCACCGAGGAAUGUGAACGCCUGAAGAAAACCUUCGUUCGUCUCAGAUAUCCUAUAUCCCUGCUUGACAACAUCAUAACGAAGUACACUGAACAGAAACGCGAAAGCGACGAUCAUCCAGCCGAGGAAAGGAACACCAAAGAAAACGUGGUACGUGUAAUGCUACCAUUUAAAGACCAGAAAUCAGCAGACUCGGUGAGGCGACAGCUGCGUAACCUCAGCAAGACUAUCGGUAGACAAAUACAACCGGUCUACACAAGCAGAAAGAUUGCCGCAGACUUCCCAGCAGCAGAAACGAAACCACCCCUUGUGAAUCAGCAAUGCGUUGUUUAUUUAUUCAAAUGUGAUCUGUGCGACGCAGAUUAUGUCGGUUACACUUGCCGACACUUACAUCAACGCAUUGAUGAACACAAGUCAUCGGUUGUCGGAGAACAUAUGGUUCAACAGCUUUGCAUAACUAGCUCAGCAAUUACCGCACUUACUGGUAACCCAUUGCGCAACCAGAAAUCUGAUGGUAGUGAUUUCCAUUAAACAUGAAAAAGCUAUUUCUUAAGACAGAAACCAAAAGAUUGUAAAUCUGUUCUAUCGUCAACGUUAACUCUGUGUGUUCUUUCCAAAUAUCUAUAUUUUCUAGCUCUUCUUUAACGAUUUUUAGUGCUAAAUCUACCGGGAUUGAUACAAAUAGGGUCGUAAUCGGUACGUGUCUUUCGAAGGUACACCAAUAUGCGAAUAUUUUGUUCUUCGAUCUGCAUGCGUAAUUUGGAACAAAUCAGAUCAUGAGUGAAAAAAUUGGCUGUAUUCAGAGUGGAAAACUAAAUCCGCAUUGCGGAUAUUUUGGCCUUUGUUACUGAAUUCGCAACCAGGUUGGGCAGGGUGCAGAUCGCAUUUGCGGCCGACAACAUUUCAGUCGCUACUUAAUUAAUAUUUCUUUUUCCAAAAUUGUUGGCGAGCGAAAAGUUUUCCCGACAUAUCAUUUUUCACUAUAACCCCCAUAUUAAUAAUAGUAAUAUUUUCAUAAAUUUUCUGAAAAUGCGGUCCGGAUUGUAACUUUGCCGAAUAGUCUAAAGGUUGGCGGGGGGGGGGGGGUUGCCGCACUCAAUACCCCCCUCUCUACGGCCCUGUUUGCAACUUAAUCCUAACAACUAAGUGUGGCUGAAUCAUUUGCGUUAUAAUAUAACAAAUUUUAAUAAAUUUAUAAUUAGCUGAAAUGAGCUGGAAAACAAAUCUUAUUGCGGAUAUAUUUUGCGCUUCAUAAUGCGCAAUUUGUUAAAUAAUUUGCUGUAUUGAAUACAAAGCUAAAUCCGCAAUGCAGAUAUUCUGAUCUUCAUAACACGCAGAUUCUCGUCUUUUUUUCUGAACCGAGGAAUAUUGUUAUUAUUAUUAUUUAAAAUUCUUUAUACAGGGUAGCUUAUCAACCUAUUUCUUGCUUUUCAUAAGGCCGUGUAGAAAUUUAAGCUAAGCAGUAGAACAACAAUUUACUAAAUUAUAGUAAAUAUCAUGCAUAAACAGGACAUUAUUACAUUUAUAAUAUUCCAUAAAAAAACGACAAAAACAUACACUCUAGUAACAGUUUAUUGAAAAAGAUGUUUUAUAGCAGUCACUGGCAACUUGAAAAAAUGUUCAAAAAUGAAUUAUUUUCGCGAAUGAAAUCUUGUAAUUUAUUUUUGAAAACUCUCUCGGAGAUCGUGAGAUUUUUCAAUUCAGUUGGCAAAUUAUUCCAAGUUUUUGCACCAUGGUAGCUAAAAUUUCGCUUCAGUGCAUUUGUUCUUGGUUUUGCCAGUUUCAGCAUAGUAAAAUUACUGCGUAGAUUAUAUUGAUCGUUUACUGAAAUGUGAAACUGGUCUGAUAUUGAUGUAGGAACUUCAUUUUUUAGAAUUUUGCGCAUAAACAAGAGCGUCUUAACCAAUCUUAUCUGGUUUAGUGGUUGCCAAUUCAGUUUGCUAAGAACAUCUUUUGAACGAAUCUCCCAAUUAUCUCCAGUUAUAACUCUUGCUGCCCUAUUUUGAAGCUUUUGAAGUUUCAAUUGCAACUCUAGUUUACAAUUUUGCCAUACUAGAGAGGAAUAGUCAAAAUAUGGCUGCACAAGAGCAUUAUAAAUCUGAUUUAGGCAAUCCUUUGGAACAUAAGGCUUGAUCAAGUUUAUCGCUCCUAUUCCGCUUGAAACGUUUUUGCUGAUGCUGUCAAUGUGGUCCUCCCAUUUCAACUUAUCGUCAAUGACCACGCCAAGACUUUUUGUUGUUUUAACUCUAUUAAUAGAUUCGCCGCAAAUUUUAAUUGUCGGAUCUACAUUAAUCUUACUUAGAUUAUUUCGAGAGCCAAUAAUCAUAUGUUCUGUUUUAGAAACGUUAAGUGUUAAUUUGUUUGCCACUAACCAUUGAUAGAUAUUACUAAGAUCGGUGUUCAAUUUUUCCUCCAAUUCAUCUACGGAUUCCGCAGAUGCGGAGAUAUUAGUAUCAUCAGCAAACAUAGAAGGUUUUGCCUGAUCAAGACAAUUUGGCAGGUCAUUGACAUAUAAUAAGAAUAGGAGGGGUCCUAAGUUUGACCCCUGGGGAACACCACAUUUAAUUAAUUUUCUGGAUGAUUUAACGUUAUUUAUUUUACAUGUUUGAUAUCUUUUUUCUAAGUAUGAUAUAAACCAAUUCAAGGCACCCCCUGUAAUUCCAUACAGUUUUAGCUUUUCAAUUAGGAUUAUAUGAUCAACAGUGUCAAAUGCUUUCCGUAGAUCUAGGAACAAGACUCCAUUUAUAAGACCUUUAUCAAUAUUUAGGAGCCAAUUACUUGUAGCAUUUAAUAACGACGUUACAGUUGAAUGAGAUUUUCUAAAUCCAAAUUGGUUACCUGACAGAAUGUUGUUCUCAUUUAUAUACGAAAUUAACUGAUUGUAAACAGUUUUUUCUAAAAUUCCCCAUUGUGGAACAUUAUCGCCCGUAUUCUAAAAGCUCACUCACACUCAAUGAGUGGAGGUUCAAUUGGAGCUUUUCUCGAGUGCCAUUUCUGUUUUUGAAUAGCUGGAGGGUUAGUGCCGUACCGUACUAUGUGACUACUCACCCUCCAGCUAUUCAAAAACAGCAUUGACACUCAAGGGAAGCUCAGAUUGAACCUCCACUCAUUGAGUGUGAGUGUGAGUGGGCUUUUAGAAUACGGGCGUAUGACUUCAUAAUUCGCAAAAUCUAAAAGUUUUACGUCGAAUUUCGAGAAAAAAUAAAUACACAAUGCGGAGUUUUUGCUUUCAUAAUUUAAAAUUAUUAUGAAUUAAUUACUUGUUCUUAAUUGAGUGGCUGUAAGAGAAGUUGAAAGGAAAUUAAAAGUAUUUUUAAAUGUAUCGAAAAAACCACUCUGCAUGCAUGCACGCGUUUAUAGCAUACCUUGUUAAACUCAGUCUUUCUUUGCUUUCAAAACUCAGUCUUCCUUGCUUUCUAACAGCAAAAUGUGCAUGGCUCCAUCAACACUCAGCAAAAUGUGGCAUCAAAAUUCAGCCUUUCUUAUUAAAUUUGCAUGCUGAAAACCAUCCUAAGUAAUUCUUAUGCAUGGUGCAAAUAUGAAAGGUUUUUGCGUAGACACAUGCACUGUGCAUGCCGCCCCUAUAUAUGAGCUGACAAUUCCAUAAGUAUAAUGCCAAAUACUUAACGCUCCUUAGAGUAUCUUGAUAUGAAAAAAUAAUUUAACUUUUGAACACACAAAGAAUUGCCAGGCGUUUGUUAAUGUUUUGUGAAAGUGAUCGACAAAUAAAAAUAACAAUAAAAAACUUUGUUUGGUAUAGUCUACUACAAAUGAAUUAAAACUAAUACGUGCAUAUACCUGAGGAUUGCAAAGAUAUUCGACGGAUAGAAAAGAGUGUACUGUAGGAAAAAAAAUAGGUGGGCGGACAAAAAUUUGCCUGCAUGGCGCGUUGAUGGAAAUUGCCCGAUCGGUAUCAACAGCUCACAAUAAUUUUUUUCGUCAUUUAAACGUCGUAUAUAAUUCGCAGCGACGCAGGCUUGAUUCCUGCCAGAGAGCCUGUAGUUUCAUUUAUCGCAGCUGAUCCUGGAUGGGCCAAGAUAAAUGUAUAAAACUUACACUCAAAUUUUCUAUAAAAAGUCCUUCAACAUUGAUUUAGUUCAAUCGAAUAAGAUGCCCAAAAAUCCUGAUACUUGCGCUUUCUUUGUCUUGUAUUUUCACACGUUCGAUUACAGCGCGUGUAACUGAAUUGUUUUGCUUAAUAUACGUUUUAAAAUCAUAGCUGUGAGAAAUUUCCCGCGAUUUCCAUAUAUACAUGAUGCAGUUAUAUUAUAUUUAUGGACAUAUUAAUUAUUACGUUGAAAUCUUGCCAUCAUGGAUGUUUCGGUUGCAUGCAGAUUUUAGAUAUUAUAGAAGUAUACUUUUGUACAAUGCAUGCAAUGUGCUUUUGCAGAUGUCCUACAUUUUCUACACAUAAAGAUCCAAAAGAUCUCUUUAUAUUAUAAACAUUAUACAAGACCAGUGUCAGUAUAUCACAUUAAUUUUGUCUUUGUAGUUUUUGAUAUGUAUGUUUUAUGCUGAUAUAAAGAAAUUCGAUGUUUAAUUAUCACCUUUUAUGCAUAAUAAAAGAAAGUGCGAACAUUAUUAUCCUUCAAAGUUUCAUAUUAACCUAAGUGUAUGAAAAACAGCUUUAUGUGUUUAGAACACAUUGUCCAAGAAUAUCAUUUUUUUGUUGCAAUACAUGCAUGCACGUUCAUGAAUGAAACACUCAAUUUGGCUAGCGAGGAAAAUUCCCUUUUUCAAAGAAUAUGGAAUUUUUCACUCCCCAACGGAAUGAGGAAUCGGUGUGGGAUACCCAUUUUUUAAUUUGGAAUUUUUAAGCUCUAAUUAUGAGCAAAAGUUAAUUUCCUAUACCCAUUCCCAUAUAGUUUCCAUGUUAAUGCAAGCAUGCCAUGCAACAGCCAAUGACCUUUAAACCAAAUGGUAGAAGACAAAUUGGUGACAAAAAACUUAGGGGAUGAUAUCUUAAUGAAUGACUGUGGGUUGUCAGUCGACAUGCCCUUCGAAGAGGAUGCUAAAAAAGAAAGCAUUAACAUUGAACAAUACAGGUGUUACUAUACCAUUACUAUAUUUUACACUGAAAUUCAAGAAAGCAAUGAACUGACAGCCCAAUCUCGUCCCCCGAGCAUGCCCAUUCGCAAUAUAAGGGUGGGCAUAGCUCUGGAGAAAUCGAAUUGAUUCACGUUGAAUUUCCAACGUGAGUUCUACGCAUGCUCGGUAAUUGUUGCAAAAUAUAAACAAAGUAUUUUGAAUUUCUCGUCGAAAAUUUGAUACUUUUUACACCGAAAUCGAUUGAAAACAAGUAAAAGGUCUGGGAUGUACGAAAACUUCGGAUUGAUAGAGAUACAACUACCUGAAAAAUACAAGGAGAACUUCGACGUUUCGAGCGAAGGGUUCAAGGCGCUUCGACUUGUACUGCUAUGUUAGUGUUUGUAAUUGUAUAUAUCGUACUUUACCAGUUUAUCUUUUACACUGUCGGUAUUCAAGAUAAAUAUAAUCUCCUCAAUAAUGAGAGAAUGUUUGCUGUGCCAGUGUGGACCUAACACUACGUAUACCAUAAAUGCUGACAAGUCUAAGGGCGUUCGCUCGAAAUGUCGAAGUUCUCCUUGUAUUUUUCAGGUAGUUGUAUCCCUAUGAAUCCGAAGCUUUCGUACAUAUUUCCCCCAGAAUUUGUAGUUGUUUUCAAUCGAUUUUGCAGUGUAAAAAGUAUCAAAUUUUCGACGAGAAAAUUCUAAAUACUUUGUUUAUAUUUUGUAACAAUUGCCAAGCAUGCGUAGAACUCACGUUGGAAAUCCAACGUAUACUAUCUGCCGCUAGCCAAUCACCGGCCUGAAUCAAUUCGAUUUCUCCAGAACUAUGCCCGCCCUUAACCUGCGAACGGCCAUGCUCGGCGAACGAGAUUGCUGACAGCCCCGAAAAUAUUAGGAAGGAGCAAAUUCUUUCUCACUAGCUAUGUGCUUAUUUAGUAAACUGGCGGCCCCAAUAUUAUUGGCUGCUCCUUUGCUAUAAACUAUUGUUCUGAAAUCUAGUAACUGUACCCGAACUGUUGCAGGCACUGUAAAAAAUAUAGUAAGUUAUGGAUCUCCUUGUCUGUAGUUUGAUGUAACAUUUUAUUGUAUCUGUAUAUAUUAUUUCAUAUUACUAUUGAAGUUUACCAGGCUAGCCACAGGUACGCACUGCGUGCCUAUUUUUCAUGAGUGUAAUAACAAGUUUUUGACAUUUAGGCGCGGUCAAUUCAAUAUCAGAAACGUUGAACACCUUUUUCCUCUAAUUUACUUUUCUAUUAUCAUAUAUAUUGAAAAAGUAUAUUGUAUACGAUACAUCUCACAAAAAAUAAUUAAGUCUCACAUAAUGAGACAAAUGAACAACUUAAAGCAGGUGUAUGCAUACGAGAUCAUUCCCAAUCAAAUCUGACAACCAGUUCAUGCGGUGAGCAUGAGUUAAAGCAAACAUAUAAAGAACCGCAUGCACCAUUAGACGUUACUGUCUCAUCAUGUUGAUAUAAAUCGUUAGAUUUAACAGUAAUAACUUGCAAUCUUCAAUAGACAAGUCAAAUAAAACAGUGGUAUUCAGUCUGUACGCGCUAUAUCUAUUACACAAACUACUCCAUUGGUAAGUCAGUCACUUUUAAACGACGUUCACACUACGCCGGAGCGGUUUGAAAAAGUCAAGUUCCGUUUUUUGUACCGCUUGCAAACCAAACAUCUCGGGUCUCAAAACAAUAAAUUCGAAUGUUUUUCGUUUAAAUUUCUUUGCUCUAUUUGAAAUAUUUUGGGUUUACAUAAGUGCAAAUUUAAUGUGUAAACAAACUGUAUCAGCGAAUCGGCGUAGUGUGAACACACGUAAAAGGUAGCGUCAUAUUUUGCUCCAGCGUAGUGUGAACGUAGUCUUAUUCAUCCCCUUUAAUAUACAUCAUGCUGUACGCGCUAUAUCUAUUACACAAACUACUCCAUUGGUAAGUCAGUCACUUUUAAAUGACGUUCACACUAUACGCCGGAGCGGUUUGAAAAAGUCACAAUUAGCCGUCGCGUGAACGCAAACGCCGUUUCCGUGUUUUGUACCGCUUGCAAACCAAACAUCUCAGGUCUUAAAACAAUAAAUUCGAAUGUUUUUCGUUUAAAUUUCUUUGCUCUAUUUGAAAUAUUUUGGGUUUACAUAAGUGCAAAGUUAAUGUGUAAACAAACUGUAUCAGCGAAUCGGCGUAGUGUGAACACACGUAAAAGGUAGCGUCAUAUUUUGCUCCAGCGUAGUGUGAACGUAGUCUUAUUCAUCUUUUUAAUAUACAUCAUGAAGUAUUUGUGUAUGUGUAAUUUAUCUUCACUCAAACUUAAAAGCAGAUGUGCCCAUAUUCUAUGUAAUGAUUAUAAAUCAGAUGAUUUGUUUUUGUGCCGGAAAACAUUACUCAUGGUCUUAAAAAUCCUUUAUAACUUUUUAGCAUUAGAUCUAUGAGAUAAUGUGAAUCGUGAUAUCGAUUUAACUACGUUUGUGCAUUGAUCAAGCUAAACCUUAAUUAACACUAGUAACUUCCCGACGAAGGAUCUUCUCUCACAACGUUGAUUUUCAGGCAUUUGUACGAUCUCUCUCACACCGCAGAAUAUGAUAUAUUUAGCAUAUAUACUCGGGAGGUGCACCUCAUGGAUAGUGCUUUUCAUUCCUUGCACUACUCACCUCCGGAAAAAACCCCAAAAUGGCUUCCCGUUUUGUGACAGACAAGCAUUUUUUUUCUACUAAACGAAGCUGCGGUUUGGCUUCGCCAAACGCGAAGAAAGCUACAAAGUUUUGUUUAACAGCGUGUGUGGAGGUAUUCUGCGUGUAAAUACUGUUUUGUUUACAACUAUUACGGGAGCUGAAAUACAAAUUGUUUUAAAAAUAUUUUCCCAAUUACUUGUUUAUUUGGUCUCAACGCUUCACAUUUCCGUGAAUAUACUUGCACUAUUCACCUCCACUUCGGAAAAUAAUUGUCAAAUACAGUUUUUAUUACCCCCAAAAGGUUGCCACUACAACCUGUUUCGUCCAAAAGGAAUCAUCAUGUAGCUCUAAAUACUAAUAUAAAGUUUCCAGUCCCGUUGUCACACGAUUUUCGCCCCCCCGCAGGAGAUUGCCCCCCCCCCUAAGGAGAUUCGCUUCUCCCCCCACCUCGAUCUCGACCGGGGCGAAAUCCCUAGGAAUAUCGACCCCCUGAGGGAGAAUUUCCUAGGAAUAUCGUCCUCCCCACCCAUAUCAAUUUUGAUCUAAAAACAAAACGAUUGCAAGUUGAAAAUAGCUUUGAAAUGCGAUUUAUUGCUCACAGAGAUCACAUGAAAUCAUAUUGUCAUACGGUCGACGCUGCCUCCUCCGCAGGCCCUCGUUGUGUCAUGGGAAGGUCGCAAUUUCGAGAGGGCCUGCGGAAUCUUGUAAAAUGAAUAAAUAAUGCUUUGAACCUGCUUCGUUAAAGAAGGCAGUUUUAUUCGUGCAACGUUGGUGUGGACAACAAACCUUAUCGUUAAAAAGUGCGUCCUUCCACGUCCUUAGAGUCGCCAGUUUAAUUUACAAGUUUCACGCCGCUUUUUCAUAUCUGUUUAUAUUCAAGAUUAUGUAGAAAUUUACUUGCUGACGUGACGCCGGCGCCAUUUUUUUUACAAGAUUCCGCAGGCCCUCGCCAGAUCGUGACCUUCCCAUGACGCAACGAGGGCCUGCGGCGGAGGCAGUCGUCGACGUGCUUGGGGGAAGUGGGUCAAUUCUCUAUUCUCAAAACAGGAGAGAAGAUGGCUCCUCAUUCUCUUUUGAUCAAAGCGCAUACAUCGUGCACUGGCUGUUUUCCAACUGCUAAUUCGUACGCGAAAGCGAUAGCAAACAAUUAAUCCACAGUCAACUGAUCCGGUCUGGGUCUGAACAGGUGGAAUAGAUAUGGCGGAUACGGACAAUAGUAGUGCCGCUGGGAUCAAUGCAAAGAUGAAGGAAACUUUUGAGAAACAUAAUAGGUUACUCGACCGAUACCACAAAUGUGAUGUUCGGACAAUACACUCAACUCAGUUUCUCAACUACUCAAAUCAGAAUUUAGCUACGUUCAACUCGUGAAGUGUCCCUGUCACCUUAACUACCUAGUAUCAUCAUAUGCUGCGUUAAAACUACCCAAGAGUGUAGAGGAUCUGUGCAAGGAUGUUUACGCGCAUUUUCAUCGAUCUUCAAAACAAAAUGUCCAUAAACAGUUUCAAACCUUUUUUAUAUUGAACCCCUAAAACUUUUGUCUCCCGCUUUCUUUGGAAGAGUGCGUUAAUUAACCGACUACUUAAACAGUUUAAAGCGUUAAAGCCUUGACAGCCAACGAAGAUCCAUCUCACUCGAACGAUCGCAUUUUGGUGUCACUACGGAAUCGUUUCAUACAGAUGUAUUUGGAGUUCUUAACUUACCAACUCGAACGUCUCAAUGCAUUUAAUUAAUCGAUUGUUCCAUAGUGAACGUCCUCUCCUUCACAUGUUGAGGCCAGAGGCGGAAAGCCUUAUAUAUCAAUUCCAUUGCCAGUUAUUUUAUGAAAAUCAAUGUCGUAAGGUCCACGCAGCCAAAGGACCUUGACCCAUGAACUGACGUCCAACAUCAUGUACCGUUGCACCAGACCUACAUUGGCUUUGCAGCAACUGCCACUCUUAACGAUAUUGAGAACGGGGCAGAGAAAGAAGAUAUUGUUAAGUUCCUAACGGAAUGUAAGAACGUUUUCAUUGAGAGCAUUCUUCAGAUACAAAGCGAUUCGACAUAGAUAAUCCAGUUAAUUAAAUUGUGCAUUGUCGUCCAAUGCCGCUGCAUUUACGCCUCGAUCAUUGUAGAGCAUUUGUCAGAAAUUACCCUAGCUUCCUGAAAGUUACCAUCGACAUCAACAAGCUUCAUUAUGGAGUGGAGACAACACGCAUUUGAGGAUUAGGCUAACCCUGAGCUUCUCUGGGAUAAUUAUUGGUUGAACGUACGGGACUCGAAGACCCCAACAGGUGACCCAAAAUACUCAGUCCUGAUCGGCUUUGUGGUCAUAAUUGCGGCUUCAUUGCCGUUUUCAAAUGCGUCGGUCGAGAGAAUUUUUAGUUAGCUUAAGCUUGUUAAAACGGGUCAACGGAAUUCGUUGAAAUCAACGUCAUUGGUUUCGCUUACUUCAGGCUAAGAUGAGAAUGAAGAAUGGACACAUCGCGGCUGCCAGCUAGUAAACGAAUGAUGGAUAUUGCAGGCAAGACGAAGUCAAGUGCCAACAUGACUACAUUUUCAUCAUGAUUACGUAUUUAUACGUUUUUAGUCUUAUUGACUCAGUUUAUGUGUUAGUUGUACUUGCGAGUUGCGACACUGUAAGGUAUUGUACGAAAAACGAUCGAGUUAAUAGAAUUUUUACGUAAAUAGCUUGGAAAACGUCUGAAGCAAAUUUGAAGGAAAUUUUAGUAUUUUACGCAAGGAAAUUUCGGUCGAAAUUGGGAUGGAAAAAGGAUAUUUUAGUUUUUCAAAUUGGAAGCACCGUAACGACUUUUGGCUUGGAUGUUUUGAUUAUUUUUUCGUUUUUCACUCUGAUUUAUUCUGUUAAUCAAACCAAUUUCACGGAAAUAAACUGAUGUAUACCUUUAUUAAAACAUACAGCAAUUAUUGUAAAAAAUAGUCUUGUUUUUUCAAAACAAGACUAUUUUUUAAUAUAACAGAAUAGUUGUAACUUACUUGAAUAAAUAAAAGAGAAUAUUUUGAUCGACCCCGAGGCCAUUUUUUCCAUAUUUUUUGUAUGAUAAAACGCUACCAAUAGCUAUAGAAUCUCGUAUAGAAUAACCAUAGAACCUUAAUUUGUUUCUAAAAAGGAACUUUUUUCUCUCAUAUAAUGUAAAUCUUGCCAACAUUGCAUGGCAUGUAUAAUGUUCUGAUAUUUAAUAGACUUCUUGAUAUCUCGGCUACAUGUAAAGUUGUAAACAACUGAAUAUAUAAUGUCCAUAUUCUAAAUAUAAACUAAUCGUAAUACGUGCGUUAAUGAUUAAUAGACGUACAUUACUAUACCAUUCCCUUUGUUUUAACUUGAUUGUCAAAUAUCAAAGUGUUUAAAUUAAAUUUGAAGUUAUUCAGCUAUUUCAUUGUUAUGUUAGUUUAUUAGAUUUUAUGGAUAUUUAUGUCCGUAUCGAUUCGGUGGUCUUCGAAUUCGGCUUGAUCUUCUUGGUGCUACAUUGUUUUCAUUACUGAUGAAUGGCUGAUUGUCCUGCGAGUUUUCUUGAUAAUCGAAACCUUCAUCAUCAGUGUCUUCUUCUCGUGGUUUAUUUAUUCGCUUGAAAUGUGACACGUUCCGUUUCACAAUAUGACCAUCUUUACUUUGGGCAAGUAUCUCUGAACCAGUUUUCUUUAUCACUUUAUACGGUUUGUGAUUAAAAUUCGCAGUUAGCUUGUUUUUCUUUUCUUGUCUAACCAGUACAUAAUCUCCAACUUGUAGAUCACUUUUUUUGUGUUUCUCCUUUGAUUUGCAUAUUCUCGGUUUCGUUCUUGUCGUGUUUUCUCAUUGUCUCGAGCUUCUUUAUGUCGAUUGACAAUCUUGCUGUUUAUUACUGGUAAUUUUCCUUUUAUCACUCGGUUAAACAACAGUUCUGAUGGAGGUACUCCUGUAGUGCAAUGUGGAGUGGUACGAUAUUGUAAAAGAAAACGGUUCAAUUCUUGUUUCCAUGGUCGUCCUUCGAGUGUCGCUGUCUUGAGCGCUUUUCCUAACGGUCGCAUAAAUCGUUCAACUGUAGCAUUACCUUGGGGCCAGUAGGGUGUUGAAAACUUAGCUUGAAUACCAAGUGCUUUCAGAUAUCGUGCAUACUCGUCUCCAUUAAAAGGGGGACCAUUGUCAGAUAUAAUGGUGUCAGGAAUGCCAUUUUGUCAAGUUUUGGAAUGACUGUUGAGGCUCGUGUUGAAUGAACGAUCUCAACCUCUGGGAAUCUGGAGUAUCUAUCUACCGCCACUAAAAUAUAUUCAGACGAUGGUAGUGGACCAUAAAAAUCUAUGUGGACAGUUCUCCAUGGUAACUCUGGCAUUUCGGUCAUACGUAAUGGUUCUGGAGGAUUCGCCUGUCCGACAGCUUGACAAGUGGUGCACUUAGCAAUUGUGUUUUUGACUUGGUUGUCAAUUUGCGGAAACCAGAUUUUUUUCACGAAUUAGAGACUUCGUUUUCUCUAUUCCUAAGUGUGUCUCAUGUGCUAUAUCUAUUGCACGUUGUUGUAGAGCAGCAGGAAUGACAAUCCGUGUUCCUCGAAGUAUAACACCGUGUGUGGUAGACGUAAGUUCGUUUUUUACGGCUUUGAACGGUUUUACAAUUGGGGAAUCCCAUUUGUUUGUUUUAAUCGCAUCAUGGAGUGCUGUUAGUGCCGCGUCUGCGUUAGUUGCAUUGAUUAUUUCUUGUAAUGUCAUCGCCUUAGGGACACUGUUCUGAGUUAUAAAAUUAAUAUAUUGUUCCGUCAUCUUCUCCUGUUUUCGUUUAAUUGCUUUCGUUUGUUGGAUGACGGGCAAGAUAGUCCGCAGGCUUGCUGGCACCUGAUUUAUAAAUUAUCUUAAAUGUAUAUGGUUGUACGUUGUUGUAGAGCAGCAGGAAUGACAAUCCGUGUUCCUCGAAGUAUAACACCGUGUGUGGUAGACGUAAGUUCGUUUUUUACGGCUUUGAACGGUUUUACAAUUGGGGAAUCCCAUUUGUUUGUUUUAAUCGCAUCAUGGAGUGCUGUUAGUGCCGCGUCUGCGUUAGUUGCAUUGAUUAUUUCUUGUAAUGUCAUCGCCUUAGGGACACUGUUCUGAGUUAUAAAAUUAAUAUAUUGUUCCGUCAUCUUCUCCUGUUUUCGUUUAAUUGCUUUUGUUUGUUGGAUGACGGGCGAGAUAGUCCGCAGGCUUGCUGGCACCUGAUUUAUAAAUUAUCUUAAAUGUAUAUGGUUGGAGGCGAAGUACCUAUCUUUCAAUUCGCGCUGAUGUUUUGGCUGUACGUUGGCCAUAAAUAAUUUCUAAAGGUUUAUGGUCAGUUAUUAGUGUAAAUUCACUUCCAAAUAAAAAUAAAAAUAAAUGGAAAUGUUCAACCGCCCAUACUAUCGCUAACGCUUCUUUUUCUGUCUGGGAGUAUCUCUUUUCUGUAUCAGUCGGCGCUCGACUGGCAUAUGCAAUAAUCUAUUGACUGUCUACGUCGCCGUUUCUUGGUUUCUGAGGAAGAAUUCCAGAAAUUCCUACAGGACUAGCAUCAACUGUUACAAAAGUUUGUUUGUUUUUGUCGAAAUAUGACAUACAUGGAGCAGUUGCAAGCGUGUUUUUCAGCUUUUCAAAAGCAGUUUGGUGUGUUUGAGUCCACUCAAAACAAACAUCCUUUUUCGUCAGGUCACGAAGGGGAGCAGUUAGUGUUGCGAAAUCUCGAAUGUACUUACUACUAUAGUUGGCCAUGCCAAGAAAGCUCCUGACUUCAUGUGCAUUAUUUGGCUGAGGUGCAUUUAAUAGAUCAGCUACUCUCCUAGGGUCAGGAUGAGUACCUUCUUUCGAAAAGACCUGUCCGAAAAAUGACAAUGUAGUGCUAAGGAAAUUACUGCACUUGCUUCGGUUUAGUCGUAAGCCCUUCAUUGCAAGUCGUUGUAGACAUUUGUCAAGAUUAGCGUCAUGUUCAGUUCUUGUUGAGCCGAAUGCAAUGAUAUCAUCAGCUAUGUUCUUGACGCCUUUAAGCCCUUGCAGUGCAGUUUGGAGUUUUGUACUGAAAUAUCUCCGCUGCAGCGUUUGUACCAUAGUUUAGUCUUUUGUAGCGAUACAAACCUACAUGAGUGCUAAAGGUUGUUAUAUAACGAGACUGUUCAUCCAGUUCUAACUGAUGAUACGCUUGGCUCAAAUCAAGUUUCGAGAAAAAUUUUGCUCCAUUCAGGGCAAAACUAACAUCAUUUACUGUUGGUAUAGGAUGGCGUAUACUCGUCUUAUAGCUUCAUUUGCGAGCCGCAUGUCGACACAUAUGCGAACCUGUCCGUCUUUUUUGGGAACAGCUACAAUGGGUGAAACCCAAGGAGUAGCUUCAUUUUCGGGCACUUUUUCAAUGACAUCUUGAUUUUCUAAUUCAGUUAUCGCGUUUUUCAUUUUUUCUCGAAUGUGAUAGGGUAUGCGCCUUUGGGGUUGUGCUUUCGGAAUUUUAGUUUUGUCUAUAUCUAGUUUGACUUUUUCUCCCUUCAAUUUUCCAAGAUCCGAAAAAACUUUAGAAUGCUUUUGAAGGAUGUUUUCUAGUGCGGCAUCCUUUGAUGUCAGUUUGUCUAAAUGCAGACUAAUAAGUCCGAGUUCUUGUGCAGUAGAAAGAGAAAGUAAGUUUCCACAGUUCGCAGCUUUAGCGACAUAGAAUGUGGCUACAGAUAUUCGUUUUCGUGUUUCGAUUACCGCUUCGAAUUUUCCCAAAAAUUCAACUGGUGAUUUCGUAUUAUACGCGAAAGCUUUCGUGUUCGUGCGAGUUAAUUUUAUGUCUUGCAUUUUGUUAAAAGUGUCACGAUCGAUCACAUUUAUUGUCGCGCCACUGUCAAUUGUUGUUUGAUGAAAUUUGGCACCGCCUACUGUAACAUUGACCUUGUUGUGCUUUGUAUUUGUCAUGGUAUAUAAAUAGUCUUCAUCGGAACUCGAGUUUGAUCCUGUAUCUAAUGUUUUUAAAUUUCUUUGUGCAUGCUUUUUGUUUGAGUAUCUCGGUGAUCGCGUUUGUUUUUGUUUUCCUCGACAAACAGCAGCGAAAUGAUUCGGUUUUCCACAAUAACAAUUAUUACAGGUUUUCCCUUUCGCUGGACAUGCCCCUGUGUUUGGAUAAGCACGCCCACAAUUUCUGCAAAUAACAUUACUACUGUUCGAAAUACUACCGUUACUUGAUUUUUGUUCUAAUUUAUUAGCCUCACCGUCAGUUUGUUCUUUAGAUUCGAUUUUUUGAGCUUGGUACUUGCUCUGUUCGUCACGACGUCCUUCUAAAAGCAUUGAUUUUAAGUCAAAUGUAGGAUCACGCAGUGCUAGCUUUCGUAUUUUCGAUGAAUUUCCGCCUAUAAAUAUAAUGAUUUGUUCUUCGAUUUCAAAUUCAACGUCUGCGAUUUCACAGGUUUCUGACAUUGUUCUAAGUCUGGUGUGAAAUUGGUCUAAUGUCUCAUUGUGUUCUUGAGUUGUUUGUCGAAAACGAUAAACUUCGUACCGCCGAUUCUUUUGAGGGUCGAAGUAAGCCUUUAAUUUCUGUUUUGCGAUGUUGUAGUCCGUAUCAGUUCCUGUCUCGGGGAUUUGUUUAAAAAUCUCGCGAACUCUCGGUCCGGCUUGAUAUAGCAAGAGUGCACGUUUUCGCUUUGCAUCCGUUAUUCCACUUGCGGUUAUAUACAUUUCAAAGUCUGACUGCCAAUUGUUCCAUCUUGUCGAAAGGCUUGUUCCGAUUUUUGCAUCUGGGCAAAAUUCUGGCAUUGGAGUUAUUGUUACAGAUUGCAUGAUCUGUACAGCCGGUUGCUGCAGUGGUUGAGGCUCUGCCUGCUCUUCCACCAUCGUUUCGUUUAAUAGAAUACGUUUAUCUUCGUGCCAUUAUAAUGUUCUGAUAUUUAAUAGACUUCUUGAUAUCUCGGCUACAUGUAAACAACUGAAUAUAUAAUGUUAUACUCCAAAUAUAAACUAAUCGUAAUACGUGCGUUAAUUAUCAAUUAUUGGACGAGGUUGAGCAAAGUAUCGUGAUUUGUCGGUGGCGAGCAGAUCAAUUAUUUGCCGAUGCCGAAGGCAGAGGCAAAUAAUUGAUCUGCGAGCCACCGACAAAUCACGAUAUUUUGCGAGAACCGAGUUCAAUAAUUGUUUUAUCAUUCAUAAUAUAUAUCAUAAAGCUUCAUUUUAUCUUUUAAUAUAAGUUCGCCGUCUCUCUUUCUUGCUUCUGCGUAAAACGUGCGAAGGACGUUGGCAAGAGAUUCUUUUGUAGUUUUGAGCCAACUAUAGAUCGUCUUCGUUGAUUUAUCUUGCUUCUAAAUGCUGGCGAAAGACAUUGACGGCGGUUUUAGUUGCUUUUUCAGGCAGGCAAGUAAGCAAGACAACUCAUUUUCCGAAUGUUCAGCAAAGCGAGCCGCCAUUGUUUACAAAAAUUGAAGGCAACGAGCAUGCUCAAACUAUUAUUUGUAGCUGAGCAACGUUUCUAACAAAUGCGCAUGCUCAGACUAUUAUUUGCACGCAGUUAUUUGCAGGUAAAUUAACCAAUCAAAAUUGAGAAUACUAUAAAGUGAAUGAUAAUGAUUAAUAGACGUACAUUACUAUAGCAUGCAUUACACUCUUUCAGUAAAACGGCAUGCUCGCUCCAUGAAUUGGGCAGUGGAGGCAUAAACACGCGCGUCUUGACCCCCAGACACACGUGGGGAGUCAGAUUUUGGCUUCAUGAUAAAGAUAGGCAGUUUAUCUGAAGGUAGAGUUCCAGUUAUAUAUUCCUUUUGUAACAUAAGUAGUGUCCUUUUUGUAAUAUUCGUUGUUUCCUUUUGUAACAUAAGUGCAGGGCAACCUCGUACCCAGGGUAGUUGCUAAAUACCCUGGGAACGAGGUUGAGUACAGGGCCGUAGCUAGCAUGUUGGGGGGGGGUUCGGAUCAUUCAUGGCAUACGUAUCAUUCAUGGCAUACGAUCAUAGCCACGAAGGUGUUUGCUAUCGCGAAAAUGAAGACCAAAUAAACAAAAAUACGCAUACUUUACGCAUAGCCAUAGCCAUUGAGUAAUUAACCGAAAAACAUUUACCGAUUUAUGAUUUGUAAAUUGUUAUCCAUAUAAAUGCCAUGAUUUCGUAAAUCAGUUUAUACUGACAAUACAAUUCUAUAAUAUUUUCUCUGUUUAACAACUAUAUUAUUCUAUACUAUUAUUGCCGUAAUUUUCCGAACCCGAUUUUCCGAAUAUGUUAAUUCUAAAAAAGUUGGGGGGUGGAGAGGGGGUGGGGGGGUUAACCAGCCAUACACGCCUUUGUCAAUUUUGAGAGUAAUUUUCAAUUCAUACCUGUGAAAAACUGUGAAUAAUCUUUAUUUCUUUUUUAUCUAGAAACUAUUAAAUAUUUUUCAAAUGUUUGAUUUGAAUAAUGUAAUAAACGAAACGACCAGAAUAACGUUAACAUCAGAAAACUUAAUUGACCUCAUUGUUACUACAAGAAUGGAUAUGAUUUAAUCGUCAGGGGUAUUCCCAUUUGGAUAGGAGACUACCAUUUGGAAUAUCCGAUCACAAUCUCGUAUACGCAACGCUUAGGCUUAAAGUCAAAAGGCCCCCACCACUAGUUAUAAUAAGAUGCAGGAAUUUUAAGUUGAUGAACGAAACUAAUUUCAAAAGAGAUGUCUCCAGAGCACCCUUUCAUAUUGGUGAAAUAUUUGACGAUUGGACAUGGGAAAAACUGUUCAAAGACAUCCAUGCGCCUUGGAAAGAAGUGAAAAUAGGGAGUAAGUCGUUACCCUGGAUGAACAACACCAUAAGACUUAAAAUAAACAGGAGAUUUAAACUCUUUAAGAAAGCUAUAAAAACCAAAUGCGCAGAAGAUUGGAACAACUACAAGAACAUAAGAAAUGAGAUUACGUCAGAGCUAAGAAAGGCAAAAGUCGAUUAUUUCUCGAACAUGUUCGGCGAGGUAACGACUUCCAAAGCAUAUUGGGAUUUGAUUAAAAAAUCCGUUUCACCAAAAGUUCGCCAAAAUAUCGGACCUAUCAGGAGAGAUAAUGGUACCCUGGCAGUGAACGAUGAAGAAAAAUCAAACCUAUUUAAUUGAUACUUAAACGAGAGGUGAAACAUUAGCUCUUUCUUUACCUAGACCCCCGACGACCGCCCCUAUUUGCAUAUCCAAGAUAACAUACAGAGGUAUAUUAUAAACAUAAAACCCAGAAAGUCAACAGGACCGGACGGCAUAUCCCCAAGUCUCUUAAAGUUAGCUGGAAAUGCAAUUAUACCAUCUUUGAUCGAUUUAUUUAUUUGGAGCGCCCAGGCAGAAGAAAUGUUCGAAAGCUGGAAACUUGCCAGAUUAACUCCGAUUUUUAAAAAGGAGGCCGAAGAAGAUAGAGCGAAUUGUCGCCCCAUCAGUCUACUGUGCGUGCCGAGCAAGAUCCUUGAAGAAGAGAUAAACAACACCAUUGUAAAACACGUCUUCCAAGAAAACCAGUUAAUGACAGAUCGACAGUGGGCUUAUCGUCGUGGCUAUUCUACGGAACUGCUUCUAGCUCACCGUUAACAGAAACUUGGAGGAAGGCAGUUGAUUCCAGCUUAAAAGUUGCCGUGGCAUUUAUAGAUUUGACAGUGUAUCCCACGACUUUGCCAUCGGUGACAGCCUGCCCAUGUGGUUAAAAAGCUAUCUGAGAGACAGGACGCAGUACACAGUUGUAAAUGGUAAAGAAUCCUCUAUCGCGAAGAUAACCUACGGAAUCCCACAGGGAUCAGUAUUAGGCACCACCCUAUUUGCACUGUUUACAAACGAUCUACCUGAAAAUGUAGAAUCUGGAAAUGUUUAUAUGUACGCGGACGAUACGACGUUAUAUUGUAUCGAAGACUCAGCCGACGAAGUGGUAUCGACACUUAACAAAGCCCUGAGUGAACUUUAUGAGUGGUGCAUAGCAAACCAACUAACCCCACAUCCCCAAAUAAGCGAAGUGAUGCUCCUCUCAAGACAACAUAUAAUAGGUCCACUUGCCCCAGUUUUUCUAGAAGAUCAAAUUAUCAAGUGGGUAAAAAAGACGAAACUUCUCGGGAUGGUCAUUGAUGAGAAUCUUAGCUGGAAUGAACAUUUAUCGGAACUAAAACUGAACUAUGUUAACAAAUUAAAUCUUGUAAAAACAUCAAGGUUUUUGCCGACAAGUAUACUAUUAGAUUUAUACUUUAAAGUUAUUCUUCCAUGCAUUACCUACGCACUGGUUGUUUGGGGCGGAUGUAGUAACAAGGAAAACUUCAAGUCAUUAGAACGCUUGCAUUGUAGAGCUGCAAGAAUUAUAUACAAAUUACCUAGACACAUGCCAUCAGAAGAUGUGCUUUCCAAAGUCGGUUGGAACACAUUAUUCUUCUACUAUAAGACAGCUAUAUUGAAACUAAUUUGUAAAAUAAUUAAGAAUGUAACACCAAACUCGAUGUCAGACUUGGUAAGCAGACGAGAAUGCAAUUACUCUCUACGAGCCAAAUACCAACUAUCUGCACCCGCUUCAAAACAAAAACUUUGAAGCUCUCUAUAACGUAUAGAGGUGCAAUCUUGUGGAAUGAAUAUAAAUCAAAAACAUAGCGAAAUAAACAUUGAUGAACAUGACAAUGUUAACGCCUUCGUAAAAAAGGCCAUAAAACCAAUCACCUUCAAAGACUUUGUCUUUUCAUAGUAAUUAAUUCUAUCUAAUUUAUAACUUUUGUAUAUAUCUCUAAGUGCACGACCCCACAAGCUUAUGCUUUAAACAUCAUCGUGCAUAAAUAAAGUCAUAUUAUUAUUAUUAUCUUUAAUAUUUAAACAUAGAAAUUAUAAAUUUUCAAGUUGUUUAUGUAUAUUUUGAGAUCUUGUGCUUAAUAUGCACGCGGACUCGUAUAUCCGUGCCGAUUAAUCCUUUAAUCGGCACACCUAUGCGAUUAAUGUUUAAUUUUAAUCGGCAUGGUUUUUAACCAAUCAGAAUCGAGUACAUUGACUAAAAUGAUAUUAAUUUCGAAAACCAAGCAAGAUACGGAAUAAUUGUAAAGGAAGUUUAUAUAUCAUUAUAAAAAUGUUCCAGGGCCGUCCCGAGGGACUCGCUUCAGGGGGGUGUUUGGUUAAAUCUACCUGAAAGUAUCAAAAGUUCGAAAUUUACCUGAAAAAUUUUUUUUUAGGGUCCAAAAAUUUUUUACAGACAUACCAAAAUUUUUCGUGACGUAAAAAAAAUUUUUCCAAACAUCUAAAAUUUUUCUAGAAUUUUUGUAAAUUAACCUCAUUCCUUUUCCAAAUUCACACUUAUUUUUGUAAAUUAACUUUCUCUGGGCCUAGAAAUUACCUGAAUUUGUGUUCAUUUACCUGAAUUUCUUCUGCAAAUCUACCUGGAUUUACCUGAAAUUGCCCAAAUGCGCAAUUAUCGGGGGGGGGGGGUCGCUACGGUCGCUACGGCCCUGAUGUUCUUUCAAAUAAGACAAACUUAAUUUAUAUUGACCUAUAUUGCCCUCUCCUUUAAUAUUUUUAAAUGAAAAUUCAGCGUACUAAUAUACUAUAUAAGAUAGCUUUGCAUGGGUGAUAAACGUUGUAUUCUCCACGAAAACAAAGCAAUAAUACACUUUGCAAAAUCAAUUUACAAAAUACUGAUUAACGUUGCCAGUUAAAAAAAUCCUCAAUAAAAACAAUAUAACUAAAUUUAUUUAAAAACUCCUUUUAGAAACUCCAUUUAUAGGCGCCAAAUUGAAUAUUUUUAUCUUGCAAGAUGACAUACAUGAAGUUUAUUGCGACUCCGAUUGCAUCACUCGCAGUCCUUUCCAACAUUUGCGUGGUCAUUUUAUUUCUUCGCAACACAAUUUGGUUAACGAAACCUUACAACGUGUUUAUCCUCCACCUGGCGUUUACUGACUUGACAACAGGAAUUUUGAUGUUCAUUGCUCCUGGCUUGAGUUUCAAACCAACUACAGUUCCAAACAACCUAUUCUUUGGUAGACUUUAUUGCCAAACUAUUUCCGGUUAUUGGCUGUUCUUUGCACUCGGAGCUGUAUCACUCUAUACUUGCUUGUUCCUUACUAUUGAAAGAUGGACGGCAAUUUGUCGACCGUUGAAGUAUAGAAUGAGAUUUGCCAACAAACAUUUGAUUAAAUAUUUGGUUCUGAUAUGGAUACUUGGAUUUGGAACGUCACGUAUUGGUACUGUGGAGAGAACAUAUCAAGCAAAGACCUCAAACAUGACAGCAGCAAAAUGCAUCGGUACACCACUAGUUGAAGGUAAAAUAAUAUAUUUAUCUUCUUAUGACAAUGUUAAAGGGCAUAUGACUCGAAAAUUGACGGUGUUAUUUUUUAGUCUAAUUUGAAAGAUCAUUGAAAACUGUAGAGUAACAUAUUUGACAGAUUUUAAGUUUGUUUUCUUGCUUCGUUUUGGAGAUAUUUCAUUUUGCAAGAUAUGCAAAGGACCAACUUUCUACGUCACACAUGCAUAAUGACUUACUUUAAAAUGUUAUAUAAUUUUGUCACUAUCAAAUAAAUUCGCUCAAAAUGAAUGAUGAGCACGAGAUUUGUCCACAACAACACCCAUGUAGGUUUUCUACUGAUUGUGUUUAGUCGUAUUAAAGAUAUACAGUUUUAGGGAUAAAUCUUUAUGCAUAUGUGACGUAGGAAGUUGGUCCUUUGCAUAUAUCAUACAAAAUGAAAUAUCUCCAAAAUGAAGCAAGAAAACAAAAAUCUGUCAAGGAAGUUACUCUACAAUUUUCAAUGAUCUUUCAAAUUAGACAAAAAAUAACACCAUCAAUCUUCGAGUCACAUGCCCUUUAAAGAUUAAAUACUGUAUUUAUCUUCGAGUAAAAACGCUAAAUUUGACGCUUGAGAUGAACAAAACUUCAUUGACAUUGUGACAAAGAGUUUUUAGCAUAUAUAUUACAUAUUAGCAUAUAUACAGUAUACAUGCAUAGCCUAUAUAUAUAUAUAUAUUACGCAGACUUCGCGUUCAUGCAUGGACAUCCUAAAAUUAUUAAAGGGCAUAUGACUCGAAACUUGAUGGUGUUAUUUUAUUAUCUAAUUUGAAAAAUCAUUGAAAACUGUAGCGUAACUUCUUUGACAGAUUUUUGUUUUCUUGCUUCGUUUUUGGAGAUAUUUUAUUUUGUAUGAUGUGCAAAGGACCAACUUCCUACGUCACAUAUGAUUUAGCAGUAAAAACGGUAUAUCUUUAAUACGACUAAACACAAUCAGUAGAAAACCUACAUGGGUGUUGUUGUGGACAAAUCUCGUGCUCAUCAUUCAUUUUGAGCGAACAUUUUAAAGUAAGUCAUUAUGCAUGUGUGACGUAGAAUGUUGAUCCUUUGCAUAUCAUACAAAAUGAAAUAUCUCCAAAACGAAGCAAGAAAACACAAAUCUGUCAAAUAUGUUACUCUACAGUUUUCAAUGAUCUUUCAAAUUAGACUAAGAAAUAACACCGUCAAUUUUCGAGUCAUAUGCCCUUUAAUUAAGGUAAGCGUCAGAUUAUUGCGAAAAUAUUCUGUCCUUAAAUUGGCGAAUAUUCGCUACCAAUACCUAUUUACUGGCGGCAGUGGGAUUUGAAUUCCACUCAAAAAGAUAAGACGUCUCCGAGAAUUAAUUAAUGACUCUGGAAUACAAUUCUCUUUCUCGCUUAUAAUUUCAGGAAACGACUAAGUUGCAUGGCUCAUUGCCUUGUUGGAGAAGGCAUGCAAUUCAAAAACUAGUUCUGCUCAUGUACAUGAUUGGGGUAAGAAAAAUUCAAUCAUUAUGGACACUGGCACUUAAUUGACUAAGAAAUUAUUUUUCAAACAGACAACAUGUUGAAUGCAAUGGGGUAACGUCCUCGUGGAGGUGUGGAGUACCUCAAGGGUCCGUUCUUGGACCAUUACUAUUUCUGAUAUAUAUUCAGUGGCGGAAAUUCACUUUUUCCGGUGGGGGGGGGGGCAAAGCCUCCUAAAUUUCCGACAAAACUUUCAAAUUUCUGACAUACCCUCCCCAUUUGCACUCGAAAAGACUGUUUUUAGCCCUCUUUUAGAUCAAAAUUUCCGAAAAUUCGUCAAUUUUCCGGUAGGUGGGGUGGGGGCGGCCGCCUCCCCGCCCCACCAAGAUUUCCGCCACUGUAUAUAUUAAUGAUGUUUGCAAUGUCUCAGAUGCCUUGGAAUUGGUCUUAUUUGCUGAUAAUACCAGUCUAUUUUUCUCAUCAUGAUCUAUAUCUAACUUGACCAACCUCAUCAAUAUAUAGAGUUACAUAAUAAGUUAUCUGAUUGGUUUAAAGCCAAUAAGCUAUCAUUAAAUAUAAAGAAGUCAAACUAUAUUAUUUUUAGACCGCGGCAAAAGAGACAAAUUACUAGUUUGCCGCUGUAUAUAAAUGAUCAUGAACUACAUUGUACAGAUCAUAUAGUUUUUCUUGUUAUAUGUAAACAACGUGUUUGAGUGUUUCAUCAGCGGAUCCAAACACGAGAAAACUGUAUGAAACACGAGCGCGAAGCGCGAGUGUUUUAUUGUUUUCGAGUGUUUGGUCCCCUGAUGAAACACGAGAAACGAGUUGUUUACACAACAUCUCAAACGAAAACAUUUCAUUGGCUUAUAUAUAUUAUUAUAGUAUAUUGUUGUGUUUUGACUUGAAUUUGUAAUUAGGAUCUCAGUUAUUAGAUGAAAACCGUUUUUCAUCUAACAACAGUGAUGGUAUAUGAUUUUUAACGUGUUUCCUUGCGGUAUCCAACCUCAAUCAUGUGACGAAUUAGGGUGAGUUCAUUCGCUAAUUUGCUCAUGAAUUAUUAAUGAGUUUGAGAUGGAGUAAUCCUGGAUGAAUACUUGUCUUGGUCACUUCACAUUUCGCAUAUUGCUAGCAAAAUUUCUCAUUUGGUUGGUAUCAUAUAUCGAGCAAGUUUUUGCCUCACCAAGAUAGCUCUACGUACACUAUAUACUAUGUACUUGACUAUCCUUACUUACAAUAUUGUAACAGUGUGGGGUUCAACAUACCCUUCCAAAUUGCUCCAAAAAAGGUGAUAAGAAUUAUCAGUAAGGUAGAAUUUGAUGCCCACACUGAUCCAUUAUUUAAAGAUAAUCGAUUAUUUAAGUUCAAAGAUAUUUAUUUUUACAAUCUGGGGAAUUUCAUGUUUUUAUACAUAAAUAAUAGGCUUCCUGGAAACUUUGACAACCUGGUGUUACGAACAAAGCAAGCUAGUGCAUGACUAUGGUUUGCGGAGAGCUGAAUUGUUAUAUGUACCAUUGUGUAGAACUAAGUUACGCCAAUUCUCUGUGUCCUAUCAAGGUUCAAGUUUUUUUAAUACACUGAGUAACGAUAUUCGUAUGCAACUUCAACAAUUAUUCCUAUUCAAAUUAAAAAAUUUCUCAUUCUUUCGACUAUAAUAUGUUUUUAAUACUUGGAUCUCCAACCCAGAUAUGCCAAAUUUAUUUAAGUCUAUCUGACUACUAGCACAGCUGUGAAUUCGAUAUUGUAAUAUUUGUUAUAAAUAAGGAAGCCCAUGACGCAAUGAGCCUUAUGGUUUCUACUUGGGCUUCCUCGUCACAUGUAUCUUUCAUUAAUGUACAUUUCAUUUGUAAAUAAUUCCUUUUUGUGGCAAUUUAAUAAAUUGAAUUGAAAUUGAAGAACAUGACUUUCUCCUUAGCUGAUGUUUUCAAAAUCCAUGUUUGCUGCAAAGUCAUUGAUGGAACUUAUUAUAAAACUCAAAAUAUAAAUUAAUCACGAUUUUGUUCAUAUCCUUGAAGAGUACAGUUGGUUUCAUCCGAAAUAUGGUAAAGUUGAUGGAGUAUCAGCCAACCAAUAUGAUUGGAUAAAUAAGCUACAAUUAGUUUCACACAUCUUGUAACUCCAAAGAUGUGUAAAAUUUUAAACAAAGAAAGUGGGCGGGGGGCGGGAUGGUGGGGCGGGGUUGACGCCUGAUGAACAAAAUAACCAAAUCCAAAUUGCAUGGAUAUAUGAAUCUUGAUUUAUGUCUUAUAAUUUCACAGGAGAUUUUAUUGGAUUGAUCACAGUUUUAUCUGUAAGUCUCAAGUUCUUUACUCCGUCUGGAAUAAUAUUGGUCCUGUAUGCUCGUGCUGUUCGCAAGAUGAUACAAACCGGCAAACAGUUCCACGGCCAGAACAAAAGAGAACAGGCCAUCAGAAAUGUUACCAAGAUGGCAGCGACAGCCUCACUUGUAUUGAUUGCUUGUUGGUUACCCAAUCAGGUGAGGACUGAUGGGUUAUUUUACAAACAAUGUUUUCAAUAACUGUCCACUAAAUUGUAAUCAAUUUCUCUUUUUAGAAGUUAUUAAGCUUCCACUCUUCGUAUCACUCUCAGCCUCCUUCCAUUAAAUGUUAAUUAUCAAACUUAUCAGUCCUUCCGAGAUAAUCUCAGCAACUCCUUGACUCCAAAUUUGUUUAUCAUUUUUAACAUGUAGGAGGGAAGGGUUGCACAUGGAACGACGUCACGUGGUAGAUAGGGAUGUUAGGGCUUACAUUUACAGUGUGGGAUAUCUUGUCUUUUUCUCUACGUUAAUUUAAAUAAAUUUUAAUUUACCUAACUUUGCCUUGGGUAACAAUAUUAAAAAUUGCAUUAUUAUAUAUAUCAGAAAUCAAGGCAGGAUUUCCGCAACAGCUACAGCCAAUUAUACCGUGGAUCCUUCUAUAACAAUAUUCGAUAAAUUAGUUAAGUUUACUGAACAGUAAACGGAAAACGACUAAACAAUUAAAUCAACCAAUCAAUUACCAACCAAGAGAUCAAGCAAUCAGACACUUACUUGUAAAAAAUAUAUUUUACCAUUGGUAAAAGCAAAACUUUUCCGUACAAUCUAAUAGCAAGAUUAUGAAUAUUAAGAGGAUGAUUCGUGUCACGAUGUGCAUGAGUUUGAUACGGAAAUGUUACUUUCGUCUCUGUGAUGGCAUCGUCCGUUUUUAGGAGGUCUGUACAGAUCAGAGACGUAUUUCAUAUUCCUGUCUGAAAACAGUGAUAUAGCAAUUUACUAUACAUGUAGGCUAUCAUCUUAUUGCCUAUAGUUCUGCUCUCACUGCUUAUUCUUAAGUGCUACGGAAUAUCUUCUGAAAAUCAAGAUAUUUCCGAAUUCAUUUAUAUCAAACGUUAUGACUAAAGGGAUCUACCAUCACACGUGCAAUAACCCAAAAAUUAUAGAUAAGUAGGCCAAUUUUUUCUUACCCACUCUUUGCAGCAAUUAUAUAGUUUUUUAGAUGUUGCUCUCGACCUCAAUAAUAAAAGCUACUGAUAAUACAUAAUUUCAAUUUCUGAUCAAUUAAAUAUUUUUAGUAUAGUCAUUGCCAGUGCGUAAUUUUUAUUUCAGAUUAAUUUAAUAUUAGUGAAGUAUGGCCAAGCUGGAAUGUUCAGUCAUUUCCACAAUACUACCAUAAUAUAUUUUUUUUAUUUCAGAUUAAUUUAAUAUUAGUGAAGUAUGGCAAAGCUAAACUGUUCAGUCACUUCCACAACUCCACCAUAGUGUUGGUUUCAAUGAACUCGACUUUAAAUCCAUUUAUAUACGCGUUGUGGGGAAGACAGUUUAGGAUUGGGAUUAAGUCUGGUUUGUGUCGAUGUAUUGGCCAUACCACCAAGAGUGACAUCACUUUGAAUUCUGGUCAAGAAGGCAGCUAUGAAUUAUCUUGUACAUCAGGACAAAAUAACAACGCUUUUGAAAUAUCAAAUAUUUAAUGCACAUUCAAUGUUCUUUCUUUCUUUCAAUUUAUAUAGACAAUAAUAAUUACUAGUGUUAUUAUGUACAUGACGAAAUUACUGCAAUCUGAUUGGUUAAGAGGAGUGCAAUUAGUAUAGGUAAUCGCAUGGGGCCGAGUAAAAUUAAGGUUUAAUUAAUUUCACGCGUGUUUUCAAAGUGUCACAAUUUGUGAAACUUUGAAAACACAAGUGAAAUUAAACCUUAAUUUUACGAGGAACUAUGCGAUUACUUGUUAAUCAUAAAGAGCAAAAUUUAUUCGUAAGUUAAUUGUGAACUCGUCAAGUUCUUGAACCUCGUAUGUCUCCAUGUCUUCGCCUUUUCACCGAUGUUUCUUGAUGCUGCUCUGGCUGCCAAUUUCUUAAAUACUCCAACCAAUAAAUUUGUACCCUUUCCUAGUGUUCAAUUUUUCGCUAGAAGUUUUUCAUUCUUCAAUAACAUCAUUAUCAGCGACGACAAAUGUCACAAAGCGAGAAGCCAUUGUUUUUAUUGCUAUUUAAAACAAGAAACUUCCCGCGCUUGUGUCUCAGCCAAUCAGGUACAAGUAAUUUUGCCCUGAAUUAAGAAAAAAUGCCCUCCUCAUUAGCCAAUCAUAUUUGAGUAAUUUUGCCUUCUAUAUGAUUAUUUCAUUAAUUGCACUCUCUAGGAGUGCAAUUAAUGAUUUUCGUGAUGGCUGGGGGGAACAUCCAAUAUGUAUGUGUCUCGUCUUUAUUUAGCAUGUAGUGUUCAUUGUUGGCCAUCAUUAUUGUCCAAUAACUUGUUAGGUUACUUGCAGGUAUGUAAGAUCUUGACAUACAAUACAAUGUUCCUGACAACCAUAUGGUAGAUUGGAAACAAGUAAAUUUAAUUACGGUAAUUUAUAUUUAAUAAUACAUGGCAGAUUCCAUCCCAUUGCAUUAGAUGUAAUAUAUCCAUAUACUGCAAUCUUGUAAAUCAGCAUUCUUGUUUUAAUAUAGGAAUAAAUAUUUCUGUUAAUCGAUAAGCUGCAAUCCUAUUACAUGCAAUGUAAUAUGUUCGUAUUAUAUUUUGACUGCAACAACCAUUUGGUUUCAUCCAGCAGUUAACAUGGCACCAUUCACAUCCGUCAGAAUUGCAAAACUAUAGAAAAAAAUUGGUAGCAUGAGAUCUUUACUCAAAAACACAGUAGCACAUAAUGGGGCAGGGGGAGAGAUUAAACAAACGGCAAAACUUACCAUUAUUUUGUCCUGCAAAUCAUAAUAAUGCAUGCAUCUAGUGAUAACAAGGAGUAAAUUAGUUAUUUAUAACAAAUUAAAUUAUUUGAAAGGGUUAUAUAGUCGAAGUACAUACUAAGCUAUAACUGGUAUCCACAUCUGAAUUCCCUCUCUUAUUCAAAGUCAAUAGUUUGUCGUUCUAAAUGCACUGCUAGUAGCCUGUGCUAACUGAUUUAGCCUGUUUUCUUCUUCAAGCCUAUAUAUAUUAUAAGUUAGCUGAUGAUCUCAAGCUUGUUAUUCGUUGAUACGCAGGGGCGUAACUCCUGGGGGUGGGAGGUGUAAUAUUGCAGUUUUGUCGGGCAAUUUUAACGAGACGUUCGUCGAUCGGGCAAAAAUAUAUGCAAUUCAGCAAAACAUUUUACAUAAUUUUUUGAAAAGUAAUAAUUGUAGGAAAAUAUUUGAUAAAUUUACGAAAAUAUUACUGAAAAUUGAACAAAUUUCGGCAAGUUAGUGAAAAAUUGUAUGUCCGAAAAUUUUUCCAUCCCCCCCCCGUAAUAACCAAGUUACGGCCCUGUUGAUACGUCAUUGGUUCAAUGACACAAUUGGUUCAAUGAGAUGUUAUAUAAUAUAUGCAGCUAAUAUAGACGCGAAUACAUCGGCUCACAUGAAAAUGUAAACCCGAUAAGGAUAUGCCUAAAGAAAAAAUCCUGUUUAUUAAUUAGGUGAGUGUUGUCACCUGGCUGAUGUCCUAGUUCAAGCCGGCUAUUAAAGCUUUACAUACCCUAUAAUAUUUAUGUAUCCAGGCUUAUCAACAAGUAAUAAGAUCACUAACACAACUGCGACCUGCCUUAAACACUCGUCAGCUGGCAAAAGUAGGGUUUGUCGUGGGAGAGGCUACAGAUGGUAAAUUAAGAGUCGUAGGGAAACAAAACAGGGAUAUUGCGUCAUGA